AUGGCUUCCCCGCUGAAGCGAGAGCAGGAUGUGCAGGGGAUAGUAGAUAAGUUUCGGGCCCGGAUUGCCCAGGAGGCCGAGAAUUUGGUGUCCACCUUCUUCCCUCAGAAGCUGUCUGAGCUGGAUAGCUGGGUCCAGGAGCUCCGCCUGCAAGACCUGUCCAGAAUCCGAUCGCUCCUCAUCCCGAAGGUGGAGGAUGGCAACAACUUCGGAGUGUCUAUCCAGGAAGACACCGUGGACCAGCUGUGGACCGUGGAGAGCACAGCCGCCUCCUAUCUACGCCGCUUCUCCACCUACUACAACACCCGGGCCAAGUUGGUAUCCAAGAUAGUGAAGUACCCCCAAGUGGAAGACUAUCACCGCACUGUAGCCGAGGUCGACGAAAACGAGUACCUGAGUGUGCGCCAGAUCCUGCUGCAUUUACGGAACCAGUAUGCCACUUUGCAUGACGUAAUCCUCAAAAACAUCGAGAAGAUCAAGACCCCUCGGAGCACCAACUCCAACAACCUAUACUGAGGACCUUUCUCCAUCC